AUGGCAGACCCGCGUAUUCGUCAAAUAAAAAUAAAGACCGGCGUCGUGAAACGCAUAGCCAAGGAGAAGGUUGUGUAUGAAAAAGAAGUUGAUCAACAAAAGAAUAGGAUUCAAAAAUUGAAAGACGAGGGCCAGGAUGAACAUACUAUCCGAAAGCAGGAGGAAGUUUUACAAGAGUCGCUUAUGAUGGUCCCUGAAUGCCAAAGACGACUCGUAAAAGCUCACACUGAUCUAAAAAAUACUUUGGAAUCGGAGCAAGAUCUUGCAGAAAACGAGGACUACAUUGCAGCUCAACAGGCUCUAAAAGACGCAGAACCCCAAUUACCAGAAGCGUCUUUAGAAUAA